AUGAAUCCACUACUGAUCCUUGCCCUUGUGGGAACAGCUGUCGCUUUCCCCGUUGAUGACGAUGACAAAAUCGUCGGGGGUUUCACCUGUGCGGAGAACUCUGUCCCCUACCAGGUGUCCCUGAACGCUGGUUACCACUUCUGCGGGGGCUCCCUCAUCAAUGAAGAAUGGGUGGUAUCUGCAGCUCACUGCUACAUGUACCGCAUCCAGGUAAGACUGGGAGAGCAUGACAUUGAGGUCACUGAGGGAGGUGAGCAGUUCAUCAAUGCGGCCAAGAUCAUCCGCCACCCCAAGUACAGCAGCUGGACCCUGGACAACGACAUCUUGCUGAUCAAAUUGUCCUCACCUGCCGUCAUCAAUAGCCGGGUGGCCUCUAUCUCUCUGCCAAGCUCCUGUGCACCUGCUGGCACCGAGUGCCUCAUCAGCGGCUGGGGCAAUACCCUGAGCUCUGGUUCUAACUACCCGGACCAGCUGCAAUGCCUGUACGCGCCCCUGCUGAGUCAAGAAGACUGUGAAGCCUCCUACCCUGGCGAGAUCACCAACAACAUGGUCUGCGCUGGCUUCCUUGAGGGCGGCAAGGACUCCUGCCAGGGUGACUCCGGUGGCCCCGUGGUCUGUAACGGAGAACUCCAAGGCAUUGUCUCCUGGGGCUAUGGCUGUGCCCAGAAGAACAAGCCUGGAGUCUACACCAAGGUGUGCAACUACGUGAGCUGGAUUCAGGAAACCAUCGCUGCCAAUUAA